AUUUUACCAGUUUCAAAGACUUGAGAUCACUUUUAUACACAUCUCCAUCACUCACUCUCCAUAACAAGAAACAGGGCCCUCCUCAAUAUCAAAGUUCCCACUUAAAAAUCAACUCUUUACUUUCUUCAUUCUCCUCCACCAUUAUUAUCAGCUUGAUAUAUCACCCAAUUCUACAGGCCACCCUUUUGAUGCCAAAAAAGUACCAAAAAAGUGGUUAAAGAUCUGGAUUCUAAUUGAACUUUUUCUUCCUGCACAGGUAUUGAUAAGGAAGAAAGAGCCAGCCACACUUAUAAGUUUGCUUCUGCUACAAGCCUAAAAAACUCUCUCCCAAUAAAAAGCUGCUUAACAAACAAGCAGAUUUUGAGAAAAAGACCCCAGAAUUUUAUUUUAUUUUUAUUUUGGUGGAAGGAAUGUAUGGUGAUUCUCAAGCAUUAUAUUCUGAUGAUACUAUAUUUCCCCUGACUCCUAAUGCUAAAGAAGCUUCAUUUGCCAAGAGCAGGGAGGAGUUAGUCAUGGACUCUGCUGAUUACAAUAAACAUUAUGGUGGUGGAGCUAAUGGUAACCAAAAUGGUUCUGGCCUGUUGAGGUUUCGCUCUGCUCCAAGUUCUUUCUUGGAGAAUUUCACUGAUGGGAUUGGAGAAAGUGCGAAAACAAGUGAUGAAAAUUCAGGGUUGACCUCAGGACUCUGUUCUGCUAACAAUGGUAAUGGUUAUUCUGUGAACUCACAGUUACCACCUCAGUAUCCUACUUCUACUCCAGUUGGGUCUGUCAAUGGUGGAUAUAGGAUGGUGAAUUCAUUAGGGAUGGAACAUCAUCAUAAUCAAGGACAGUAUAAGAUUGGUUCAAGCCUUAUGAGGCAAAAUACCUCCCCUGCUGAAUUGUUCUCGCACCUCUCUGCUCAAACUGGCUAUGCCAAAAUUAGAGGUGCAAGACGUCAUAGAGCAGCAAAUGGAACUUCAAGUCAUGGGUUCACCUCAAACAUGUUGAGUGAGCCUAUGAACUUCCCAUCGGGACUCCAUUCUACCUUAGGGAUGUUGUCUAGAAUAUCAGAAGUUGAGAAUGAGACUGGUGGGAUUGGCGAGGACGAAAAAAUUGGAAUUACCAACGGAAAUAAUAGUCAAUUUGAUCACGGCUCUGGUGGGUUACCCUUUGGAUCAUGGAACAACCCGUCCAAAUUCGCUGAAAAUUUCACCGGCCUGAAGAGGGAAUUAGAUCUAGAUGCUGAUGACAACAUGUUUUCUGAUACUCAGGGUGGAGAGCCUCGACAUCAGCCUCAAAUUUUGUCACACCAUUUAAGUUUACCCAAAACUUCAGCAGAACUUGCUGCUAUGGAGAAGUUAUUCCAGUUUUCCGAUACAGUUCCUUGUAAGAUUCGAGCUAAGCGUGGCUGCGCUACCCACCCGCGAAGUAUAGCAGAGAGGGUACGGAGAACACGAAUCAGUGAAAGGAUGAGAAAGUUGCAGGAGCUUGUUCCAAACAUGGACAAGGUACAUUUUGUAUUCACCUGAAAUGAUGAUGAAUUUGCAUUUUCUUAAAAUAGUAUAUCCGGGAUUUUCCUUGGAUGUGGAGAAGUUGAAAGUUGUGAAUUUCUUGGUGUCAGCAAACCAACACAGCAGGCAUGUUAGAUUUGGCUGUCGACUACAUUAAAGACCUUCAAAAACAGUACAAGGUAGACCAACUGAAAAUAUCAGUCAUCCCUUCAUUUUUUGGGCUAAAAAGAACAUUUUCUUAUCCAUCCAUUUUUUAUUUUAUUAUUUUUCACCUUUUUACCUGCAGAAGCUGAGUGAGAUUCGUGCAAAGUGCAAAUGCUCAGCUCUGAGGCAGCAUGGUCCAGAUCACAUGAUUUGACUUGCUUAAUCUGUACAGUAAUAAAAAGACACUAGUUUGAGAAGCUCUCUAAUUAAUACUUCAUCCGUCCCGGAAAAAAAAAAUCAUGUUUGGGACGGGAUUUGGGUUUUUUAGCCUUCUUUGAUCAUGGCAAUGAUGAUGAUUUCUAGAAGUUUUACUACUUCAAAAGAUAGUUUAAAUUGACAAACUUUCCCUGCUGGAAAAGGAAGAGAUAUCAGCAAUUUGUACAGUGCAUUGCUUCCUUAAAUAUGUUCAUAAAUUUUCCAAUUUUAGAUGCUUUAAGGUUGGUUAUUAUUAGAUGGCUAGAUUUGUUUCAUGAAAUUCAGGUUCAGAUUUCUUUCUAUAUUUAGGCCAACAAGGUCUUAAAGGUGGUUGGAGUUUGUUCACUUUGUUGUUGGUGCCAAAGUUUUAAACAAAUAUAUCUAUGGAAUCC